AAUUUCACAGAUUGAGCAGUAAGCACAGCCAUGGGUUGGAAAUGGAGCAAAUUUAUGCUUGUAUUUCUUGGUAAGUUUUUCCUAACUUAAUCUUGUUAGAUUUUCUCUUUACACUUGAUUUUUGUAACAUAGCCUCCUGAUCAACAUCAUUGAGUGUUUUCACUGUAUUAGCCAUAUCAAAUAUGUUGAUAAUAGUUAAUCUACAAAUAUCAACCAAAUAAUCCUUCUAUUUAUUUUGCCUCCUGCCAGUUUGUACAGAAUGCUCCUCGAUUGGUAAUGGUAACGUUAUCAUUCAGAAAAUAGUGAAUUUGAAGCACGAGAUCACUCUCCCUUGCAAUGCAAUCUGUGACAGUGGCAUCGAGUGGAGGAUUCAUCGUGGCGAGAUGGUUGCCAAGCUUGAUCAAAGGAACUUCACUGGAGGAAAGGGCUUUGAGAACCGGGUUAAAAUCAACAAAGACUUCUCUCUCACCAUUACCUCUGCUGUGUACAAUGACAAGGGCUCGUAUGAGUGUCUCUGUGAUGGGUAUGCUGUUGGAGAUGUAAAACUCGAUGUUCUGGGUAAGUUCGAGAGACAUUAAACUUUUUACAUAUUGAAUGUUGACUGGAAACAAGAACAAAGACUAAUAUACUAAGAAUAAUGGGUUUGCUGGGAGUGCUGGGCAUUCCCAAAACAAUUUGAGGGAUAAGCCUACUCAUAAGUGUAAACAAAGGAAAGUUACAAUAUUUAUAUUUGUCCAGACCACUGUUUUUCUGAACUCCAAUCAAUAUACUGUUUCUUUGUGUUUUGGAGUUAUCUUAAUAGUAUCACAUCCCAGCAAACAUGCCCACAUUGGCACUACAAUAUUGGCCCCAUGUAGGCUGGGCCAAUGCGCCUUUGCUCAUCGGCUCCCCAAGGCAUUUGCCCCGUGUGGCCCAGUGUUGGCAGCCCAUAUCUGUUGAGGGCAGCCCUCACUUUGCCUGAAAUAACCCCAUAGUUUCCCAGCAAACAUGCCGACAUUGGCACCAAGUGGGCUAAAAUAUUGGUCUCAUGUAGGCUGCCCACAUUGGGCUGAUGCACCUUUGCUGUUUAAUAGGAGUGUAUUCAUUAUAUAUUUAUUACAGUUUAAAUGCAUCAAUUGCAUACAUUUUAGGCUUUAUGGGUAUUUAGGGAACGUGAUACAUUGUAUCAGAAAGAGAAAUUGUUAACAUAAUACAUAUAUUAUUUUACAAGACAAACUGUUAAUUUUCUCAUAUGUCACAUGCACUUAUUUCAGUAUUUUUAAAGACUUCAUCAUUGGCAGUGUACAAGAUUUAAAAAAGUGGGCAUCACACAACAGAACACGGAACAACACUCUCAGAAACAGUUACAAAAAAAGAAGUGUGUGCAAACCAAGCCCCAAAAUAUUAUAACGAUCCCCAACCUCUAGCGGGGCUUGGUGUGGGCUAGUCUCUAGCUGGGCUUGGUGUGGGCUAAUCUCUAGCUGGGCGUGGUGUGGGCUAGUCUCUAGCUGGGCUUGGUGUGGGCUAGUCUCUAGCUGGGCUUGGUGUGGGCUAAUCUCUAGCUGGGCGUGGUGUGGGCUAGUCUCUAGCUGGGCUUGGUGUGGGCUAGUCUCUAGCUGGGCUUGGUGUGGGCUAGUCUCUAGCUGGGCUUGGUGUGGGCUAAUCUCUAGCUGGGCGUGGUGUGGGCUAGUCUCUAGCGGGGCUUGGUGUGGGCUAGUCUCUAGCGGGGCUUGGUGUGGGCUAAUCUCUAGCUGGGCUUGGUGUGGGCUAAUCGCUAGCUGGGCUUGGUGUGGGCUAAUCUCUAGCUGGGCUUGGUGUGGGCUAAUCUCUAGCUGGGCUUGGUGUGGGCUAGUCUCUAGCUGGGCUUGGUGUGGGCUAAUCUCUAGCUGGGCUUGGUGUGGGCUAGUCUCUAGCUGGGCUUGGUGUGGGCUAAUCUCUAGCUGGGCUUGGUGUGGGCUAAUCUCUAGCUGGGCUUGGUGUGGGCUAAUCUCUAGCUGGGCUUGGUGUGGGCUAGCCUCUAGCGGGGCUUGGUGUGGGCUAAUCUCUAGCGGGGCUUGGUGUGGGCUAGCCUCUAGCGGGGCUUGGUGUGGGCUAAUCUCUAGCGGGGCUUGGUGUGGGCUAGUCUCUAGCUGGGCUUGGUGUGGGCUAAUCUCUAGCUGGGCUUGGUGUGGGCUAAUCUCUAGCUGGGCUUGGUGUGGGCUAGCCUCUAGCUGGGCUUGGUGUGGGCUAAUCUCUAGCUGGGCUUGGUGUGGGCUAAUAUCUAGCUGGGCUUGGUGUGGGCUAGUCUCUAGCUGGGCUUGGUGUGGGCUAAUCUCUAGCUGGGCUUGGUGUGGGCUAAUCUCUAGCGGGGCUUGUUGUGGGCUAAUCUCUAGCUGGGCUUGGUGUGGGCUAAUCUCUAGCGGGGCUUGGUGUGGGCUAAUCUCUAGCUGGGCUUGGUGUGGGCUAAUCUCUAGCUGGGCUUGGUGUGGGCUAAUCUCUAGCGGGGCUUGGUGUGGGCUAAUCUCUAGCUGGGCUUGGUGUGGGCUAAUCUCUAGCUGGGCUUGGUGUGGGCUAGCCUCUAGCUGGGCUUGGUGUGGGCUAAUCUCUAGCGGGGCUUGGUGUGGGCUAGUCUCUAGCUGGGCUUGGUGUGGGCUAAUCUCUAGCGGGGCUUGGUGUGGGCUAAUCUCUAGCUGGGCUUGGUGUGGGCUAAUCUCUAGCUGGGCUUGGUGUGGGCUAGCCUCUAGCUGGGCUUGGUGUGGGCUAAUCUCUAGCGGGGCUUGGUGUGGGCUAGUCUCUAGCUGGGUUUGGUGUGGGCUAAUCUCUAGCGGGGCUUGGUGUGGGCUAGCCUCUAGCUGGGCUUGGUGUGGGCUAAUCGCUAGCGGGGCUUGGUGUGGGCUAAUCUCUAGCUGGGCUUGGUGUGGGCUAAUCUCUAGCGGGGCUUGGUGUGGGCUAGUCUCUAGCGGGGCUUGGUGUGGGCUAAUCUCUAGCGGGGUUUGGUGUGGGCUAGUCUCUAGCUGGGCUUGGUGUGGGCUAAUCUCUAGCUGGGCUUGGUGUGGGCUAAUCUCUAGCGGGGCUUGGUGUGGGCUAGCCUCUAGCUGGGCUUGGUGUGGGCUAAUCGAUAGCGGGGCUUGGUGUGGGCUAGCCUCUAGCUGGGCUUGGUGUGGCUAGCCUCUAGCUGGGCUUGGUGUGGCUAAUCUCUAGCUGGGCUUGGUGUGGGCUAAUCUCUAGCGGGGCUUGGUGUGGGCUAGUCUCUAGCGGGGCUUGGUGUGGGCUAAUCUCUAGCUGAGCUUGGUGUGGGCUAAUCUCUAGCGGGGCUUGGUGUGGGCUAGUCUCUAGCGGGGCUUGGUGUGGGCUAAUCUCUAGCGGGGCUUGGUGUGGGCUAGUCUCUAGCUGGGCUUGGUGUGGGCUAAUCUCUAGCGGGGCUUGGUGUGGGCUAAUCGCUAGCGGGGCUUGGUGUGGGCUAAUCUCUAGCGGGGCUUGGUGUGGGCUAGCCUCUAGCUGGGCUUGGUGUGGGCUAAUCUCUAGCGGGGCUUGGUGUGGGCUAGCCUCUAGCUGGGCUUGGUGUGGGCUAAUUGAUAGCGGGGCUUGGUGUGGGCUAGCCUCUAGCUGGGCUUGGUGUGGGCUAAUCUCUAGCUGGGCUUGGUGUGGGCUAAUCGCUAGCGGGGCUUGGUGUGGGCUAGCCUCUAGCGGGGCUUGGUGUGGGCUAGCCUCUAGCUGGGCUUGGUGUGGGCUAGUCUCUAGCUGGGCUUGGUGUGGGCUAAUCUCUAGCUGGGCUUGGUGUGGGCUAAUCUCUAGCUGGGCUUGGUGUGGGCUAGUCUCUAGAUGGGCUUGGUGUGGGCUAGUCUCUAGCUGGGCUUGGUGUGGGCUAAUCUCUAGCGGGGCUUGGUGUGGGCUAGUCUCUAGCGGGGCUUGGUGUGGGCUAGCCUCUUGCGGGGCUUGGUGUGGGCUAGUCUCUAGCUGGGCUUGGUGUGGGCUAGUCUCUAGCUGGGCUUGGUGUGGGCUAAUCUCUAGCUGGGCUUGGUGUGGGCUAAUCUCUAGCUGGGCUUGGUGUGGGCUAAUCUCUAGCGGGGCUUGGUGUGGGCUAGUCUCUAGCGGGGCUUGGUGUGGGCUAGUCGCUAGCUGGGCUUGGUGUGGGCUAGCCUCUUGCGGGGCUUGUUGUGGGCUAAUCUCUAGCUGGGCUUGGUGUGGGCUAAUCGCUAGCGGGGCUUGGUGUGGGCUAGUCUCUAGCGGGGCUUGGUGUGGGCUAGCCUCUUGCUGGGCUUGGUGUGGGCUAAUCUCUAGCGGGGCUUGGUGUGGGCUAAUCUCUAGCUGGGCUUGGUGUGGGCAUGCCCGUUCCCACCUUGCCCAACCGAAUACCCACAUGGGGCCAAUUGGGUCAUGUUUGCUGGGAUUCUUCUGUUUUAUAGACGGGUUGGUUGUUUUGCAAAAAAAAUGACACUUGCAAAACAGACAGGGUUGGCUUAGACUGUUGACAACACGUAAACUAUAUUUCGUCUCCAAUGUUCAUUGAAAACAUAAAUACAUUUGUACAAUGAGCACUUUAAUCUCAAAUACAUCGUUACAGUUGUUGGUUAGCUAGCUAGCACAUUUUUGCCAAAUUAGCAUUGACAUGAAAUAAGUCAACACCUCAAAACAAGACAUGGUAUCAAUAACAAGAUACAACUAGCUGAAACGAGCCACCUACUAUUCCCACAUGGCAGCUUCGGAGGGGUAUACUACGAAGCAAGCUAGAUCUACUCAGGGUUUUCUCAAGCUAACCAGCUUCAGUUAGUUUCACAUUCCAGUUGCCUGUGAGUUAGCCGGCCCGGGAGCAGGUUAGUUCUGAAGGAUGCGUUGCCAUGGAAAUGUACCUGGCUAAAAGGUGAGCCACUUUCGUAUGACUGGUUAUUCCAAGUUGAACUCAAGAGUUGACCAAAGUUACCAUGCUAACUCCUCAAACCUGCUUCGUAUGAUACCCCUCUGGUCAUUAAUUGUUGCUAGCUACAGUAUCUGACUGUUCAGAAUCGUAAUAAAGUAGAGCUUCCAGCCACAUGGAUGGGCGCGCAUCAUUUUUGUGUCGUUGUCAGCCAACCCGUCUUUGAUCUACUUUGUGCUGCUCUUAGUUAGUUAUUCCCUAACCCACCCUCCUCUCAUUUCCCCCAAGCACCUUUUCUCCCCCCUCCUCGCAUCUUCCCCACUCAGUCCUUCCCAACUACUGUUAAAUGUCAUAAAUUUUAAACUGAGCCAUGGUGUAGGCCUAUAUCUAAUCCAAUUGCUUUCAUAAUGGCACACCAUUCAAGGCCCACCCCUCUUCUCUCUUCUCAUUUAACAGACCCAACAAAAAUAUCAGCUGAUGUCGGAGAUAAUGUCACGCUUCCCUGCUAUGGCUCGACCAAUAAGCAGGCGACCGAUGGUGAGAUGCAUGUGCAGUGGGAUAAAGAUGGACAGACUGUGCUGAAGAUUGACCCGACCAAUACUACCUAUGGACCUGGAUUCAUGAACAGGACAUCAGUAAACAGGGAUGGUUACAGAGAGGGUGACCUCUCCCUCAUCAUCACCAAUGUAUGCUCAUCUGACCAGGGGACCUACCUGUGCUUCUUCAACCGUCAUAGUGAUCCAGGAUAUCCACAUGGAGUCACACUCACUGUUAAAGGUGGGAUGUCUAGUGAAUGCAUUGCUCACUUAAGUUUUUUAUUUAAUAUUCCAUUUUCAUGUUUAGACAUUGUUCUUUGUCUAAUUAUUAUCAUAGUAGUAGAUGUAGUGUUAGUGUAAUAAUGCAAGAGAAUAGUAUUUAGUCAUGGAAAUCUUGCUGUUGUGUAUUGUUGUCUGCUUUUUUUGAGAUUAUAAACUGGGUGGAUCGAGCCCUCAAUGCUGAUUGGCUGACAGCCGUGGUAUAUCAGCCUAAUAUCAGGCCUUAGCCGUGGUAUAUUGGCUAUAUACAGCACCACACCCCCUCAGACCUUAUUGCUUCAGUAUAAUAUUGUCUUCAUAUCCCUUAUCUUUGCCCCACUAACACUACUGUUUUCUAUCUUUGUGUGUUUGUCUGUUUUUCUAGAAAACCGUUUGGAGUCUACAACGAGUGAGACAAGUGGAAGGAGUAGGUUGCCAUUAGUGGUAUGUUUAGUAGAAUGUCUAGUCAUUUGUGUGUUAGUGGUGGUGAUCUGCAUGUGUAAGCAGAGACCUCCAACCAUGGAUAACACAAUGGUUACCCUAGAACCACCACGUCUUUCCACCGAGGAGACCCCUCUUCCUGCUCCAGUCCAGGAAAGCGAACCAGUGACCACUGACAGACAGAUGAAUUCCGAUGAUCAUCCUGAUGAGAACAUGUGCCCCGAAAGAGUGGGACAUAUUCAUGAGGAUGAGCUCCCUGUCAUGAGGAUGGAACACACAGAGGAGGAAGAGGAGGCCCUCCAUCUCCCCGUGACUGAAAGUGGGACACUGCUAGAGCAGAAGAAGAGUAACACAGGGAGUUGAGUUAUGUAUGAAGGUAGUCUGUUUUGGUUGACAACUUCAUUGUUGUCGUCAUGCCUUACAGUCUAGCCUUGUUGGAUGAAAUGUUCACUGAAAAAGAGGAUGUCUUCCCAUCAGAGUUUACUGUAUGAAUCAGUAGCCAAUGACUGUAGCCUGAUUGGCUUGGAUCAAAUGAUACUGGGGUUAUUUUGUCUGGGGCCAGUCUUUACUUAUGUCCUGCCUAGUCUUCCAGCCUUAUUGGUGACUUCAAAUGUUUUCCCUGUGGACCCAUUUUUAAGGCCAGUGAUUUUACACCAGCAUAAUAAUUAUAUGGGGGGGAAAUGAAAAACAGUUUGAAUCGCUGAGUUCAUUCCGAACUCAGGGAUUAGGUGUGUUUUAUCCAACAGUUCAACGACUAAUAUUCUCAGCCCCAUCUUUCAUGUUUCUAGCAAUCCAAGUGAUCCGUUUAGCUGAAAAAUUGUAAAAAAGCAAAUUCUCCUUUAAGUGGAUAUGAAAGGUUAGGAUGUAAAGCGGUGGUGUAAAGUAUGAAAGUAAAAAUACUUUAAAGUACUAAAGUAGUUUUUGGGGGUAUCU